AACACUUCUGCUUUGGCGCUUUGAUUGCUGGCCAAGCGAAUUGGUAUGUCCGAAAAAUAUGGACAUAGGAGCUUAUAUUCUGACUGAAUACAUUCCCGCCAAGCCGCUGGUCGGAAAUCUAGAGGUGUGCUUUGCGGCCGGAGAGCAGACACCCACCGAAGCAUUCGCCCAACUGAAAUGCGGCGAUGUUUUGAAGUUCCCAUUCGCCCGCUUGGAUUUCCAGCCAAGGUCAGUGGAGAUAAAGGAGAGCAAGGUGCUCGUGGCUGCAGAUAAGGCAACGGAGACGAAACGCGUGGUGGAGCUGACUCUGGAGUCCACGUUUGACUACCAACCCGGGGACACCAUUGGCAUUUUGCCUACUAAUAACCAGGAACAAGUGGAAAGCCUGCUGCAUCGGCUGGAACUGUUAGACCAGGCCGACACCACUUGCCACUUGAAAAUAGUGCUCCACUGCGCCAAAAAGAAUGCAAAGCUACCCGCCCACAUUCCAGCAACGACAACUCCCCGAGAGAUCCUUACCCACUGCCUGUCCCUAAACUUUGUUCCGCAGAAGCAGCUCCUCAGCGCCCUGUCCCAAUUUACCAACGAUGACAAAGAGCGUGGUUUCUUGUCCUGUCUAUCUUCUAAACAGGCCACGGAGCACUACCAAUCGCUAAUCUUAGAAAAAGGUCUGCUUUUCAUUGAUGUUCUUGAACUGUGCGUCAACUGCAGGCCAUCACUGGCCUUCCUGGCCGAGCAUUUGCCACGGCUGCUGCCGCGACCCUACUCAAUUGCUAGUAGUCCUUUGGAGGAUGGCAAUCGCAAACUCCGCGUUAUCUACUCGCUGCUCAGCCACAGACCUGGAGUCACAACCAGCAUGUUGGAGGCGGCUGCGCAGCAAAGUAGUCCAGAGCACCCCAAAAAAGUGGUUAUCUACCCACGAAUAAGCAACCUAUUCCGUUACACAGAGCAUGAUCUGGGCAGCAACCAAAUACUUAUUGCAGUUGGCACAGGUCUGGCGCCCUUUCUUGGAUUCCUAGCCCACAAGGAGCUUUUAAAACAGCAGUUGCAAAAGGAAAGUGGACAUUCCUGGCUAUACAUUGGCGCCAAGACCCCAGAAGCCAUUCUUAAGCGUGAAAAACUUGUGGCCUGGCAGCAAUGCUCGUUGCUGGAGCGCCUACGGAUGUGUUACUCGCGAGGCGAGUCGCCCAUCUAUGUGCAACAAAUGUUGGAGGAGGACUGCGAGGAUCUGGUCAAGUUCCUGAUGAAGCCGGAGACUGUGUUAUACAUUUGUGCCGAUGGCGCCAAGAUUUCGCAGUCCAUUGCAAGUGGCUUAGGUCGGUGCCUGCAGAAGGCGAUGCAUCUUUCGGAGGAGGAAGCUUCGCAGCUGUUGAAGGAACUGAAGACGCAGGGCAAAUAUCGCGAGGAUGUGUGGCUGUAAUAGACAGAUGUUAGGUGCAGUCAAAGUAAUAGCUUUACGAACUUAGCUUUUCAGUACAUUUAUAUAUUAGUCUUUUGUAUAUUUUCUUACUGAAAGUCUGCUUUUUAGUUUGUUUUGUGUUUUUUUAUGUACUGUCAGGAUCCUUUAUUUUAACAGUUGAAAAUAAAUGUAGCCGAAGAACCCAGUUCCACCA